UAGAAAAAAGUACCCAACGCUUGGGUGAAAAGUACCUAAAAUUACGUAAACACAUAAUAAGCGUCAUUUGGGUAGAAAAUUGAAGGAUCUGCUGCAUUAAAUUUACCCAAUAUUAAGUAUAUAUGAAAAUACCUAAUAGUAGGUACAAAAUCUGUUAGUUAUUUUUGUUCGUCAUCGACUCAAAUUAUUUGAUGGUGUCGCGAACGUGGCGUUGGGUAGUUUCAACUUAAUGUUGGUUGAAAAAAUCUGUCGUUAAGUUGAAGCCAGUGAGAAAGCACUUACUUCAAGCAGACAAAACUUUUUUAAAGGAAAUAGUUGUUUCGGUCCAUCAAUUUCAGAAGGUGACGGUGAGCCUGCGACCUGAUUCCAUCGAUUCCCGGCCGGAAGAUUUGUUUUGGCAAACCGGACAGGACAGUGAGCCUGCGACGUCAUCCUGGUUCCAUCGAUUCCCGGCUGGAACAUUCGUUUUAACAAACCGAGCAAACCGGAUAGGACAUAUCACUAUCGUUGCCAGAAGAAAGGAAGGAAAUAGUUGUUUCGGUCCAUCAAUUUCAGAAGGUGACGGUGAGCCUGCGACCUGAUUCCAUCGAUUCCCGGCCGGAAGAUUUGCUUUGGCAAACCGGACAGGACAGUGAGCCUGCGACGUCAUCCUGGUUCCAUCGAUUCCCGGCUGGAACAUUAGUUUUAACAAACCGAGCAAACCGGAUAGGACAUAUCACUAUCGUUGCCAGAAGGAAGGAAGGAAAUAGUUGUUUCGGUCCAUCAAUUUCAGAAGGUGACGGUGAGCCUGCGACCUGAUUCCAUCGAUUCCCGGCCGGAAGAUUUGCUUUGGCAAACCGGACAGGACAGUGAGCCUGCGACGUCAACCUGGUUCCAUCGAUUCCCGGCUGGAACAUUCGUUUUAACAAACCGAGCAAACCGGAUAGGACACAUCACUAUCGUUGCCAGAAGUUUCUCGGAGCGUCAAUUUCAGGCGGUGAUAGUGAGCCUGCGACGUCAACCUGAUUCCAACGAUUCCCGGCUGGAACAUUUGUUUUGGCAAACCGGAUAGGACUCCCGUUGGCAGAAGUUUCUCGGAGCGUCAAUUUCAGGCGGUGACAGUGGGCCUGCUACGUCAGCCUGAUUCCAUCAAUUCCCGGACGCAUCCGUUGGCGGAAGCUUUUUCUGGCGAUUAGCGACUAUAUUAUUAUCGGUAGCUUGGCCGGUUACUCAACCGUGUCUAGUUUCUGAGCAAGAGUGUUGCAAACGAAAUGGAAAAUCUCGAGAAAAAGCUGGACGCUGAAAGCUUCCAAAAACUGACAGGUCUUCAGUGUCAUAUACAUGGCUGUAACCAAAUUAUCGCUGGAUAUAUCGACGAACUCAAAUAUCAUUAUGUGUCGGUUCAUGAGCUCCGGACAAGCAAAAGGGCAUCAAUUCCUUUCAAAUGUUGUUUAUGUGGAAAUGUAUACAGUUAUUUCGCUGAUUUGAAAAAACACAUCAUACAGCAUCAUCCACCUGAAUGUGAUGAUUUAAACCCUACAACGUGUAACUCUUCAGAUUCACUUCCAACAAUUAUUGAAGCAGGGGAGCAUCAUUCGAGAGAUUCAGUUAAAAACCCUUUCUAUUAUGAAAAUCCGAUUUCUAUGGAAGAGGCUUCAAAUUCUAUAGUGGAUUUGAUAACGGAGCUGAGGUGUGACGUGGCCUUACCAGAAACGAAACUACAAAAGUUCAUAUCAGGGUUUGGUUCUGUAUUAAAAUUGGCUCAAAAUUAUACGACUUCGUUGGUAAAGCAGUACAUAGAAGACAAGCAGUUACCCAUGGAUGCAACAACCAUCGAUUUUCUUAAUGCCUUGUAUAUCCCGAAUUUCACCAAUGAAGUACGUACGCUAAAGGAUAAUAUUGCCCACUUGUCUUACAAAGCAGGAUGUGCUGUACCAGAACCAGUGGAAAUUGUCUUGAAAAAGUACAAAAAAACCAAGCGUGUUCUCAUGGUACACAAGAAAACUAGAAAGUUUCAAGGAAAACUAUCAAAAAAUCAGGAAGAAUUAAAAGUGAUAAAACACAAAGAUGUAGCUUAUUAUGUACCAAUUAUAGACACGUUGAGGCUCAUCAUGACAAACCGCGAGGCACGAAAAAUGCUGGAGAGCGAAUCCCCGCGAGCAGACGGAUCUCUCCAUUCCUUCAAAGAUGGACGGCAGUUUGUGAACCAUCCAUUUCUGCAACGUUACCCCAACUGUAUAAGAUUGUCGUUUCAUAUUGAUGAGGGAGAAUACAACAAUCCUCUUGGUUCGAGAAAAGGUAUCAACAAGAUGACGAACCUAUACAUGAGAGUAGAAAACUUCGACCCGAAAAUUAAUUCAGCGCUGGACCGAAUGUAUCUGGUUCUAAUGGUUAAAUCAAACGUUUUAAAAAAACAUGGAUAUGCCAAGGUGCUGCAGCGAUUGAUUGACGAUCUUUUGGUUUUAGAAUCCGACGAUGGUGUCAAUACGACUACAGAUAAUGAUCGUUGGAUUUUGCGAGCAGUAACGUGUAAUGUGCUUGGCGAUACUCUAGCAAUACAUGAAAUUUUCGGUUUGUUAAGUCCAUCUGCAAAUUUUUUUUGCCGAAUGUGUCUUAUAAGUAGGAAGGAUCUACACGCAGGUUAUUAUAGUGACCACUUUGAAAAACGUACAGUUGAAUGUGUUGAGAACGAUUUAGUUAGUUUACAAAAUAAUGAAAAAACCAGUUCACAGUGUGGAAUCAAGGAACAAUGCGCAUUACAUCGCCUUCAAUAUUUCCGGUGGCCAAAUAAUUGUAGUUUUGAUCCAAUGCACGAUUUACUAGAGGGCAUAUUUCCGAUGAUAAUGAAAAAAAUGUUUCAACAAGCUGUUUUUCUAAAGAAAAUUAUGACUGUGCAAGAGAUAAACCGUGAAAUUGAAGAAUUCGAAUAUGGUACUGCUGAAAUUGCUAACAAACCUUCUCCUAACUUCACAUUACAAAAUUUGAGAUCAAAAACCAACGCACUGAGCCAGUCUGCGUCUCAACUAUGGUUAUUACUACGUUCAUUUCCUUUCAUCUUCGACAAAAUUAUGAAAAUUAAUGAAUUGUAUCCUUGUUUAAUUUCAGCUAUGCUAAAAUUAUCAUACAUCUGUUUCUCAAACAAAUUAACAAUAGAAAUGGUUGACGAUUUACAAGAAACCAUUACAGAGUUCCACCGAUUGUUCAAAAGCUGUUUUCCGAAUACCGUUCCGAUCAAUAAAAUGCAUCACAUAGUACAUUACCCUACAAUAUGCAGGGAAAAUGGGCCGAUAUGCAACUUGAACUGCUUAAUGUUUGAAGCUAAAUUCAAAGAAUCAAAAAGUCAGGCUAAAACUUGCUCCAAUUUCAGAAAUUUAGCUUUCAGUUUAUCCAAACGUUUAACCCUGAAGCAAGCAUAUUCAAUAAUCAAACACAAUUUUGUAAUCGACAAGCCAGAAAUAUUAUCGAGCACUGUAACCGAUAAGAAAUCGAUGGACACUGCAAUGUUACUAUUUGAUCUUCCAGAGAGAAUCGAAGUUAUUUCGCAUCUGAAGGUUAACGGUACUUAUUUUAGCCCUGGAAUUACAAUUAAGUAUGUAUUAUGUGGUGAACCUUCCUAUGGCAUACUAUUAGCUUGUGUAAAACACGAGACAAAUUUUAUUUUUCUUGCACAAGAGCUGAAUGUGACAGGAUUUGAUCGUUUUCAUUUUGCGAACAGAGUUGUCCUCUCGAGUAACAUUGUUAGAAUAAAUUUUGAUAAACUUUCUACUCAGAAAGUGUACAGUUUAUGGAAAGCUCAUGACGAAGAUGAAGGUUUUUAUAUUAGUUUCAAGUAUAAUGACAAUUAAUUGCUAGGCGAAUGAACAUUGUGAAACCUUAUGUAAAAUGAUGUAAAGUAAAAAAAUUAAUAAUUCAUAACUAAAUAAAAAAUUUAAAAAUAAAAUGUUAUUAGAUGUUGUUAAUAUAACAAUCGUCAGAAGACCUCAAAUUAACCCAUUUUAUUAAAAAAAUAUUAAACACAAAUAUGUACUUAUAAACAUAGACUAAGCUAGUGUAAACUUAGGGUCAUUGUAUCAAUAAAUUAUUAAAACUAACUUAUAGUUUCUUUCACUUCAACUCAUUGUUAUUUUACCCGAUUUGCUCGCAGCAAGUAGGCUGUGAAUCCAGUCAUAUUGCUUAUUGAAAAUUGGCCACAUGGGACUAUAGGAUCAAAAGUUAUGGCCAAAAUACUAUUCUCUAUAGUGCACGAGAAAGGUAUUAUUACCGCUAGGUGGAUAAAUCAGUAUUCUGUAAUCGAGUUUGAUAAUUUGAUCAAUCCCUAUUCCUUGUGAUUAUUAUGUUGGGCAAAUGAUAUGGGUAGAUAGUUUAGCUAUUCCAUUUAAUUGUGAAUAUCUUUUUUUAAUCUAUUUCUCUAUUAAAAUUUUCA